AUGGGAAGUGCGUGGGAUACGUUUAUUGAAGCAACAAUUGCGAAUAAUGGUUUACACAAAUCGCUGCCAGCACGUUUUACCGAUGAAGUGGACAUUAUGUACCGUUUGGCGAAUUCGGAGAUCUGUGCGAAAUUGCUCUCCUGGUUACGUAACCUACCGAGGGUCCUUCCAAUUGGGCCGGAUAUGUCCAAUGAUUUACGCGCCAAAGGUAAUAAGCUUUUCAAGGAGAAUAGAGACCCUAUUGUGGUACUGGCCGCGUACAACACAGCUAUCGCAGCUGCUCCAAAAGGGUCAAGAGCUAUGGCGCUUGGGUACGCAAAUCGUGCCAUUAUUCUAAUUCGUGUAGGGCGCUAUCGGGAAGCGUUUUAUGACUGUCAGCUAGCGCUGGACGGAGAUUAUCCCGAGGAAUUGCGAUUGAAAGUUUACUUCCGGCAGGCAGAAUGCGUUGAAAGCUUAGACGAACCCAGUAAGUUGGGUCCGAUUAUCGAGGGCAUUUCGAAGGCGAACGACACGAAGGAGCUGUCGGAAAAUGGACAAGCAAAAUUACAAAUGCUUAAGGCAAAAUACGCGGCAGCUGAGAAAUGUACGGUGGGAAUUACACAAACAGCAUCAGAACCCGAGAGUCGAUACGAAGCAUCAUUAAAGGUCGUUGAUUCACCGACUCAAGGGCGACACGUUAUUGCCAACGAAGCAAUAGAGGUGAACGACAUAAUUGCGACUGAAACUGCCUUUUCGUUUGUACCUGUGUAUGAACCCAACGCCCGCAACACGUUAGCUAGUAAUGAUUGCCAAAAAUGUGCUCGCGUAAAUGUGAUCCCUUUUGUAUGUGCCACGUGCGGCAGAGCUUGCUACUGUAGCCCACAGUGCCGCGAAAACCAUCAAAGUGUGCAUCGCUUUGAGUGCUACGGAUAUCAGAAGCGUUUGUGGUUUUCAAUUGGGAUUGCUCACCUGGGAAUACGAUGUCUGCUCGAUGGGUUCGACACGAUUCGCAAUGAAAUAUUGAAGGCAAACAGUGCAACAGCUUGCUAUAAGCGGCUGCUCGAAAUGACCAGCGGCGAAGAGAAUGAGUUGGGCGACUAUGGAAAAGUGUUUCGAUUGGUGACGAAUUUCAAAAAAAUGGACAAAGACGAUGUACUACGCUAUGCGUUGGCCGGUUUAAUGCUGUCUAUUUAUCUGAUCGACUGUACCGAUUUUGUAAGUGUGCAUGGUUUGUCACGGGAUGAUACGAUGUCGGCAUCCGAUCUGCGUGUAUUGCUUGGAGCGUUAAUAAUGCGUCACAUUGGACAGCUCGUAUGCAACGGGCAUGCGAUCAGCGAACUAAGAGCUUCAGUACGCUUCGAUUACACUUUAACUAGAGCGGAAGAGAACCUUCUGCCACCAGUCAUUUUGUUGCAUCGUUAUUUGCACAGUUCGCGCGUAUUUACAGCGAUUUUUCCACGAAUCAGUAUGUUUAACCACGAUUGUGAUCCGAACAUACGCAAUCACUUUGACCGUGCGACACUCAAGGUGUAUGCUACACGUUCCAUCCCUGCCGGGAGUGAGAUCGUGAACUGUUACGGUCCACACUACAGGCUAAUGCCCGUAGAGACGCGCCUGAUGCAUCUUCACCAGCAGUAUUGUUUUGACUGUAAUUGUACGCGAUGUCGGACGGGGGAUGAUACAUACCUCAAACAAUUCAACACGAUUCGGUGUCCCCGGUGCAGGCAUAAUUUUUCUAUGGAGCUAAACUUGGAGGAUUUUAUGAGUAGCUUUCGGUAUGAUUUCCAAGGUCAACCAACAGCAUGCCCCGAGUGUUUUCAACAACUCGGUACGGAAUUAUAUAGAUAUCUUUCGAAUAGCAGGUUCGACAUGCUAGAGCAUUCCUCGUCGGAUUUUAAGCGAGUCAUUAAACACUACGAUUAUUGCAGUAGCUUAUUGGUAGAUUCCAAUCAAACGAAAGCCACCAUACUGCAGAACAUCCUUGACAGCUACACCCAAUAUGCUGGCCUUAUGGAAGCGGAAUCGUUCUUCACCCUUCGUGAUUAUUGUCUGGAAUUUGUAACAAUGAGGCGAAAUCAGUUUGGCUUCAUGAGUAUGGAAUAUCUUACCGCAUGUUUCUAUCUCUUGGAUAUUUGGGCCGAAUAUUAUCGUCACGUAGGCGAUGAGGGGGUUACAUUGAAACCGGAAGAACUCACCGCCUUGAAUGAGUUUCGUGCAGCGCUUAGCAUGGUCGGCGAGGACACUCGUGCGCUGAUUUCUGCAUACAUGAAGCAAAACGUAAUUUUGGACGAGGAAACCCCAUAUGAUUGCUGGGUUCCUCUUUUAUAGCUCAUUAAAUUACGUCCGUCCUCAGUGAUUGUUAGGUUCAGAAUUUAUGUUAAGUUU